AUGUUUUCCACCAGAAGCGAAUACGAUCGAGGUGUGAACACCUUUUCUCCGGAGGGCCGGCUGUUUCAAGUUGAGUAUGCACUCGGUGCAAUCAAGCUCGGCAGCACAGCUGUCGGCAUCCAGACCAAAGAUGGAGUCAUUCUUGCCUCAGAAAGAAGGAUCACCUCGUGCUUGUUGGACCAUCAAUCGAUUCAAAAGAUCGUCGAAAUCGAUGACCACAUUGCAUGUGCCAUGAGUGGACUUAUUGCCGAUGCCAGGACUCUCAUUGAUCACGCCCGCGUGGAGUGUGCGAACCAUUUCUUCACCUACAACGAAAAAAUGUCCAUUCACAGCUGCAUCGAUUCCGUCGCCGAUCUCGCUCUAGAUUUCUCCGAUGUGAGCGAUGGCCGCAGGAAGAAGAUGAUGAGCCGACCCUUUGGGGUGGCGCUUCUUGUCGCCGGCGUCGACGACCAAGGGCCCUCUCUGUGGUGUGCAGAUCCGUCUGGCACUGUCACCAAGUACCAGGCUGUGGCUCUUGGCUCCGCCCAGGAAGGCGCCGAGACAAUGCUGCAGGAGCAGUACAGUCAGUCGAUGAGUUUCGAAGAUGCCGAGGCACUCGUUCUCGUCGUCCUGCGGCAAGUGAUGGAGGAGAAACUCAACUGCAAUAAUGUCGAGGUCGCCUGCGUGAAAACGAGUGAUCGCAAGUACCACCAGUAUUCCUCGGAAGAGCUUCAGGUGUUGAUCGACCGGCUGCCAGCGCCGACAAUCCCCACCGCUACCGAUCUCUCGUCCGCGUAG